UUGCAGGUUAAUACAACCAGACAAACGUACAAAGUUUGAAAGUUGAACUGAAAUAAAGUGAAGUAGCUCAUAUUUUAUUUCUCUGAACUAUUGCUUCUUCCUCUUCUUCUUCUUCUUCUUCUUCUUCUUCUGUUUCAUUGUUCAAAAUACUAACAUUUAAUUGAGUGAAAUUAUACGAUUUCAGUUGAGAUCAUCCAGUGGAUAAAGGAUUUCAAAUAAGUUCACAUAUCUAUUUAAAUGGCUCCAAUUGAACGUAAAAAUAUUGACCUUACACCGUUGAAAAAAGCUAAUGUUCCUAUCUUCUUUAUUGUUGGUGGUCCUGGAUCUGGCAAAGGAACGCAAUGCGAUAAGAUCGUAAAAAAAUAUGGCUUGACACAUCUCAGUUCAGGUGAUCUGCUACGUGCUGAAGUGAAAUCUGGAUCGCCACGUGGAUCAGAGCUCAAUAAAUUGAUGCAAAAUGGCGAACUUGUUCCAUUGGAGGUAGUGCUAGAUUUGGUUAAAGAGGCUAUGCUUCAAGCGGUGUCAAAGGGUUCCAAAGGUUUCUUGAUUGAUGGUUAUCCACGGGAAGUAAAACAAGGAGAGCAAUUUGAAAAUGAAAUUCAACCAGCUAAGUUGGUAUUAUUUUUCGAUGUGAGUGAAGAAACUUUGGUUAAGCGUUGCUUGCAUAGAGCAGAAACAAGUGGACGGGUAGAUGAUAAUAUUGAUACGAUUAAAAAGCGACUUCAUACCUAUAUAACUGCAACCGCUCCAGUUGUUGAUUACUAUGAAAAGCAAGGAAAGCUGGUAAAAAUUCCGUCUGAGGGAGCAGAAGAUGAAAUUUUCAAAAGUGUUCAGCAACAUCUCGAUAAGGCUAUAGCUUAGUGAAUAAAUCAAUCGGAUGCAUUUGUUCUCGUUUCCCCAUAGCAAGUAAUGUGGCAGUUCCGUAUGUUUUAGUUUUCCUGAGUAUUUAUUUAGACUGGCUUCCAUUUUUGCAUUUUCUUAUUUCCAUUGUAAUUGAUCAGGGUUCUUCUGACUAUCAAUUUGUUUUCUUCAUUUUUAUAGUUUCUUUAAUUUGAUUGUAUCGAGAUUCAGUCGUGAUUAUAAUUGCUUGACAUGGGAUUUGAAGUACUAAAAUAAAUUUG